AUGCACUCCCCGCGUAAGAUCUCGUUUUGCGCCCUCGACUUCUGCGGUGUGGAGCGCGCCGCCGAGGUGUUCGGUCUGAUGGAGCUCUUUGCCGGCGUGGAGCGGCUGCACCUCACGUCCGCCAGACUAGGACGCAGCUUCGUCAGCCUUGAUGGAGUCUUCCCAUGCUUCCCGAGGCUCCGCAACCUCGAGAUAACCGGGAUGCUUCCCGACUACGACGACGAUGCGUCUGCGGCCAUCUCGACGGUGGCUCGGAUCCUGGAGCAGACCCUGAGGCUGGAGACGCUGUCCUUGUUCUUCCUGCCAGAGCCUGACCCAGUGAAGGAAAGACGCAGGUACUACGUCGAAAAGGAAGUGCUCGACGCUUCGCACAAGCUCAGGUACAAUCCGCACGCGUGUCUCGUCGUGCCGCCGCGGGACGUCGAGGUGCCCUGCUGUCUGAGGGAGACGACCAAGGAGAUCAACCUGGUGCACCGUUGCGCAGAGGGCGCUGGCCAAAUUCUUGCUCUGCAACGCUCCCGUGGUUGA